AUGUCGUCGUCGGAAGGCGCCCCGGAGUCGUGGAUCUCCUCGUUCUGCUCCCUGAUGGGCCAUGAAUUUUUCGCGGAGGUGUCGGAGGAUUUCAUCGAGGAUGAUUUCAACCUGACAGGCCUGCAAUCGCAGGUGCCCAUGUAUAAGGAGGCACUCGAAAUGAUACUCGACGUGGAACCGGAGGAGGAUGAAGACGAGGAGGAAGAAGAGGAGGAAGAGGACGACGACGACGAAAUCCUGGGCGACGAGAAGCCCCCUGGCUACCGAAGGGCCAACGAUCGUCGGCAUGCGCGCGUGGCCAGUGAUCUGAGCGUGAUCGAGAGCUCAGCCGAGUUGCUUUACGGACUGAUCCACCAGCGAUACAUCACCUCGCGCCCCGGAAUCCAGCAGAUGCUCGAGAAGUAUGAGAUGCAACACUUUGGCGUCUGUCCUCGCGUGAACUGCAGCGGCUGCAAAGUUCUGCCCGUGGGUCGCUCCGAUACUCCCGGCCAGGAGACCGUGAAGCUCUUCUGCCCCAGCUGCCAGGACCUGUACACGCCGCCCAACAGUCGAUUCCACUCCGUGGACGGGGCCUUCUUCGGAACCACGUUCGGAUGCCUGUUCUUCAUGACGUUUCCUGACCUGGACAUUAGAACUCACUUCGACAACCCCCUGUCCAUAUCGCCCACCCGAUCCUCCUUGACGACUAUGAACAACCAGGUGUCGCCUGACGUGCCUCCUCCCCACCAGCCCGUGGAGAUCAACGGCGUGCGGACGGUGAACUUCAGCCCGGGCCUCGGCAAGGGCAAGGUCUACGAGUCCCGAAUCUACGGGUUCCGCGUGUCCGAACGGUCUCGGUCGGGACCCCGCAUGAAAUGGCUGCGAAUGAAACCGACCGACAUCACCGAGCUUGACGAGCUGACUCGCUUCGAGUCGUUCCACGGAUCGGCCGACAACGAGGGCGAUACCGAGAUGGGCGCCGCUGGCGGAAGUGCACAGAACGCGGCGAUUGCAAAGAGGAAGAAGGCGCCGAUGCGACGACGGCGAUACAACCCUGAUCAGAUGAGUAUUAAUGGAGCGGAUGCCGCAUAA